CCCACAUCAACCGCAGUUCACGCGAAGCUCGGGUCAAAACCAUCGUAUUUUGGAUGCGCGAAGGAUCGCAUCCUACAAUGGAGUUCCUUGGCCGCUGUGGCAGACCGCGCCUCCAUGCGAAGAGACCACCCACGUCGUCGAUGGUCCCACGUGCAGCUGGUUCCUGAGCAUCCUUACCGCCUUAGGAAGCAUCGCCAGAACUCAUCUCCGAGGCUAAAGCAGGUGCUGAACUUGACAACACCACGAUCAAUCCAGAUGUCGGGUAUAAAGAUGAUAGGUGUGCGCUCUAUUCCUAUCUGCAGUUCGGAGCGUACUUCAUUUCUUAACGAUAACCAUGAAGCUUCUUGCUCUUUCUCUCGCCGCUAGCAGUGCUGCUGUUGCAGCUCAAGACAACUUCGAUGUCUUCCAGCAUAUCGGUGGCAACGGACAAUGGUUCCCCGGCGAAGAGGUGACGGGCAUUUCGUCCGAUAUACCCACAGGAUGCAAGGUCGAUUUGGCCGCUUUCUUCUCCCGUCACGGCUCGCGGUUCCCAGACCGUGGCGCCUACAAUGGGUGGGUCGAAUUCGCCGAUUACAUCCAAGCCGCCGGAGACAUCACCAUCACCGACGAGAAACUCGCAUUCCUCGCAUCCUGGAAGCCGGUCCUCUCAGACCCGGACGCUCAAAUCGCCAAUCUGAGCCCGACCGGUUGGAAGGAGCUACACGAGAUGGGUACAACGUGGCGCCUUCGUUACCCCGACCUGUACAAGUACAACACCGCCUUUACUAUGUGGGCAAACUACUAUACGUCUGGUCCACGCGUUCGGGACAGCGCACGCUUGUUCGCUCAAGGUUUCGUGGGGCCCAACGCAACAGACCUCACUACCAUCUAUGCUCUCAACGCGAGCGACCCUGCCAGUUGGGGCAACACUCUUGCUCCCAGCGAUCUGUGCAAGGCCUACAAUGACGCGGGUGGAGGUCCUGCCAAGGAGACGUGGGACUCUAUAUACCUUCCUCCGAUUACCGCCAGGCUCAACGGGAAGAUCCAAGGCCUGAACCUUACAACGAGUCAAGUCGACCAGAUACCCUACUUGUGUGGAUUCGAGACCCAGAUCACCGGCCGUCGAAGCCCCUUCUGCGACAUCUUCACGGAGGAAGAGAUCUUGCAGUACGAGUAUGCGCAGGAUUUGCGUUAUUGGUACGGCACCGGUCUGGGAUCCGAUAUCGAGAAAUACCAGAUGUUGCCUAUCGUUGACAUGACUGUGCAACGCUUUGUCGAUGGUCCAGACGCAACCUACAAGACGGGCAAUGGUACUUUUGUCCCUCCAAAGAUCAUGGCCAACUUCGCAAAUGAUGGUCAAAUCAACCAGCUGGCCGCUGCGAUCGGUGUUUUCGACAACCAACAGCAGCUUCCUGGUAACAUGUCGUUACCGGACCGGCUCUUCCGCUCCUCACAGGUCGUGAAGAUGCGCGGAACUGUUGCAUUCGAACGUCUCUCCUGUCCUGCUGCUGCCCACAAUAGCACAUACGGCUCUGGCUAUGCAACCAACUACAAUGGCACCGCCACUGAAGAAACUUUCAUGCGCAUCCGCAUCAACGAGGUUGUCUACCCUGUUGUUGACUGCACCAGUGGUCCUGGCUCAUCUUGCCCGCUGUCUCAGUACCAGGAUAUUAUCAAGGCGAAGCGUGCAGAGGCCGGUGACGUGACCAAGCUGUGCAACAUGACGGGCGAAGGCCUUGCUACACAGCCAAAAGCAACAUUUUUCUUCGACAAUACCCUUCCGUGGCAGACAGUUGUUAAGCCCUAGAUACAAAUUCAGGUGUUUGAUCGCCCAGGAUGAUGAAAUCCAUCGCUGAUGUUCCUACGUAUGCUUCCGUGCCGCUUGAUGUGUUUUUGU